AUGCUGGUGAGACUCAGGAGAAGGGGACCCACCUCCCCACUCCGGUCUCUCCACAGACGCUGACCCCCAGGCCCCCGUCCCUCGCAGAGUCCGCCUGCAAGCCUCCACCCAGAGGCUCCGAGCGCUCUACUCCCCGACGGCGUCCCUGCGGGCACGCGUCUGUCCCCAGGACGCCCAGCGAGGCCCCUGGGGCCGAGGGCGCCGCCGGGGCUGGAGGAGGCGCUGGGCGCGCUGGGGCUGGAGGGAGAGCGCGCGUACGCCGGUGACAUCUUCGCCGAAGUUAUGGUGUGCCGGGCGCUGCCUGGGAGGGCCUUGCCGCACACCGUCACCCCGGAGAUGCGAGCGCUGGUGGUGGACUGGCUGGUCCAGGUGCACGAGUACCUGGGCUUGGCAGGGGACACGCUGUACUUGGCCGUGCAUCUGCUCGAUUCUUACCUGCGCUCGGGCCGAGUGCGCCUACACCGCCUGCAGCUCCUGGGCGUGGCGUGCCUGUUCCUGGCUUGCAAAGUGGAAGAGUGCGUACUACCCGAGCCUACCUCCCUCUGCCUCCUGGGUGCCGGCGCCUUCUCACGGUCUGAGCUGCUGCGCGCAGAGCGCCGCAUCCUGAGCCGCUUGGACUUCCGGCUGCACCACCCAGGCCCGCUGCUGUGCCUCCGACUGCUUGCUGCGCUGGCCCAGAGCGGCCCCCAGGUGACGCUACUAGCCACCUAUUUCCUGGAGCUGUCCCUUCUGGAGGCCGAGGCUGCGGGAUGGGAGCCGGGUCGCCGCGCAGCUGCUGCGCUGAGCCUGGCGCACCACGUGCUAGACCGGACUGGGCCGGAGCCGGCACUUUACAGCCCCGCGGAGCUGGCCCCCCUCGAGCCGUGCAUGGUCCGCGCCGCGCUCCGGGGCCCUGCGCCGGGCCGCGCCGCUGUCUUCCUCAAGUACGCGCGGCCCCAGCGUCAGGGCACCAGCCUCACUGCCGCCCGCCUGCUCCGCCGUCCCCAACCCGGGCCUCCCUGA